AUGCAAUAUGUGCCAUUUGAUCAACUGGCGCUAAAGUGGGGAUUGUCGUCGGAUCAACUGACAUGGUCUGGGAAAGAAAAUUUCACGGACCUCAGCUACAAGGUGGAAUACGUGGGUUGUAAAGAAAACCAGUCAGCACGGGUUGCGUGGACUCCAGUUGGCUGUUAUCAGCCAGAAUUAACCGCAAUAAUUAUUCCCUUCCGAAAUCGAUUUGCUAAUCUCUCCGUCUUCCUCCACCAUAUGCACCCGCUUCUGCGACACCAACGUCGACGGUACACCAUAUUCGUUAUCGAACAGGCGACACCAGAUGUCUUCAACCGAGCUGCGCUUUUCAAUAUUGGGUUCAGGGAGGCUACUAAAUUAGCCAAUUAUACUUGCUUCAUUUUCCACGAUAUUGACCUACUACCUGAGGAUGACAGGAUGAUAUACGGCUGCGAGGAUCAACCCCUUCACAUGACUGCACACAUUGACAGGCAUAAUUACUUGUAA